AUGAGUUUUUUUGGCCUAAAAUUUUUUUUUUUCCUUCAGCGUUCGCGACUGACUCAAUGUAUGGGUGUGCGGGUGUGUUUUUUUUUCUCUGGCCAUAUUUUGCACAAACUUUUCACCGUCUGAUAAGACCGAUAGCAGUUAGAAGGUGAUUAUACCUUUGGGGAUAUUUAGGGUUGGCAAUAGAAGGUUGACUUGACAGAGGCCGAUUUGUAUCCAGGUCGGUUAUUUUUUUUUUGGAGUUCAAGCCAUUGCGGGAUCUCCUACCAUUUAUGGGAAGGAAAUUUGCUCAAGGUUAGCAGGAGUCAGAAAACCAACUAUUUCAAAGGAUAUUGAAGUUCAAGAAGAAUACUACAACUUCUUUAGAUUAGGAGAAGAUGAUUUUGAUUGGGGAUAUAAAGUACUCGUGUAUUGAAUGCAUACGGGGCCACCGGUCGAGUCUGUGUCGACAUCAUGCUCGACCAUUAUUGCAAGUACGAUCCAAGGGCCGGCCCACGGUGCAUGCCAAUGGGAAUCCCAAUCAUCGAAUAGCCGUAUUUGCGGAGGAGAUUGAUGAACAAGAGGUGGCCAAGAGUCCGAGUCCACCAUUGAAUGGAUGUGCUAAUAAAAAGACCCCGGUGGUAAUCUUAAAGGCAUCAGCCAAACAAGUUUUGGAUUUAGUGAGUGGACAAAUAUUGGGACCCUACGAUGAAAAAACCUAUAAUAAGCCUGAUGCCAAUGCAAAGAAACCUGCUCCGAUCAUUAGCGAUUCUAGUUUUAUAAAUUCCAGUUCGUGUUGUUCUAAUGGGGUUACUAAAUUCAAGAAAAGUUGUUGUUGUAAUAAUAAGUCAAAGAAUAUUAAUAAGUCCAAGAUCUUGAAGACCUACAUUGAUAAGCAUUUGCAUAGCAAACAAGAAGCCACUUUCCAAGUAAGACAGGUUGAUUCCAAGCCCAAGGCCAAACAGGAAACGUUCGACGUUGUUAGUAUACCUUCGUGUUCUAUACCGGGGUCGUGUUGUUGUGGGGAUGAUUGUAAUUGUGAAGGGUGUGUUGUACACGGGAAUGCCACUGCGUCUAGUAAUGAAUUGAGUAAGAUGGUACCAAACGAGGUUAAUAUGAAUUAUUUGGAUAAUCUGAACUUUAAUAAUGCAAUAUCGGAAUCGAUUCCCUCUAAAGAUUUGGUAUUUAAUAUUGUGCCGCCUUCAGAAAACCCUCCGGUUCUACAAUCACAAAACAUUCAACCGUUACCGAUCAAUUCGUUGGAUUCAUAUACUAAUUACUUGAUAUCACAAACAAAUGGAGGUUAUUCAUCGCAGCCGCCGAAAAAUACCUCUUCGUCGCUGUCAUUGAACGAAGAAGAGUCUCCUUCUUCGUGUAUGUGUGCUCCGGAAGAGUGUGAUUGUAGUAAUUGUGAAACCCACGGAAUCAUCAAUGGAUUAAAGUUGGAUGAGUUUUUCAAUUCCCAAAAUAAAAGUAUGGUGAAUGACGCUGAUAUUGGGGGGUUAUUAGACCUGAUCAUCCAAAAUAAUCAAAAGGCGCCUACAAACGCUUAUGACCAUACUUUGGCCAUGAUGGCUACCAUGAUGAACCAGUCCCAGCCACUACCGACAUCAAAUGAGAAGCCAGAGAAGCCAGAGAAGGCGGCAAAAAGCUGUUGUAACUAAUGUACCAUAUGUAAAUAGAUAAUAUACACCAAUAUAACCUACACUAUAAACUACCACUAUACCACUAUACCAAUAUACCAAUAUACCACUAUACCACUAUACCAAU